AUGUUAUCUAGGUUAAGAGCUACCUGGUCCCUGAGGCCCUGCGUCACUGUUUGCAGAUGGGCACACACCAAAGAGAAGGGAAAGCCCCUCAUGCUCAACCCUCGCACCAAUAAAGUAAGUGGAUUACUGUUGUUGUGUGUAUGUGUCAGCAUUUAAAAAGCUUAAACAGAUGGCAGCUUUAUUAACAUGUGUUUUAACAUGUGAGCCCAUUUGUGCUGGAUCUGUGCCAGUUAUGACUGGUUAUAAUGUGGGCUAAUUGGCAUUAGCUUUUUGUGCAUGUGGGCGAAAGAAUUGCUCAUUUGUGCAUGACAAGAUUUCUCUAUUUGUUUUUUUUUACCACGCCUCCUUCAAAGCACUUUGAAAUUUCCCUGUGUUUAGAUUGUACUAACAAACAAACUUAACAUGCCCAACCACACCCGAAACAGAGGUGUGAUUUAUUUGUACUGUAGCAUUGUAAGAAAUUAGGUAAACAAACUGUAAUUAAAAUAAACAACAGUAACAAACCAAUCAAAUUCCUAAACAUUGCUCUUUCAGUUGCUGGUACCUUUACACAACUCAGAAAGUUAAUCUUCCACCCUUGGUAACUGAAAUAGUAAUGUAGUUAAAUACUUGGAAGGCUGGAAGGUGAAUGUCGUGCUUGGUUUACUGUUAGUACAGGUUUAAAUGACAUUUGAAAAUGAAGCUUUGGCUACUUGAGGCGGCAUGAUCUGACUUUGUGAAGGUUACAGCAUACUAAAUUUAGCCUCGACUGUGAAGGCUGCGUUAAAUAUGAGUAUUGUAACCCACAGUAACUGUACACUUGACACAGACCAGCUGGCUGAUAGGACUACUGUAUGUAAAGCAGCUACACUAUCUGCCAUGGUGCUCCUGCUUUGAAUCCUCAGUAUUAUCAUGUCAACUCUUUCCAAGAUCAGAACUCACAUAAGUGCAAAACAUCUUCUGAAAAGUCUUAUAGCAGGCUUUUUAAUGCUUCCCUUCAUGGACAAUAAUGUUGUCUGGUUGUUGUUUUUAUCAAGUUGCUGAAAAUGGGCCUUAAUUAUAAGAUAUCACAAAAAUACAGUGUUCUGACUAUUCAUCAUGACUUGCACUGGCAGACUGCAUCAUCAUGAUGACUCUUAUGACUGAUCAGAAAAGGUCACAGUGUUAGAAACAUGGGUAUUAUGUUACACUGUCAGCAGGAUUGAAUUAAGUAAUUCAAGUACAUUUUGUAAGACAAUUCUCUUUGUGCAUAAAAGGAUGUAUGAACGCAUUAACCUCAACAAUUUUAUGAAUGAGUGUAACAGUACAAUAGAAAGAAAAAUCAAGUUUCUGGAGGUGAAGUUUGUCAUCAGGAAGUUUCAUGAAAAAAUUAUAAAUGAUGAAACCAAAAAAAUAACCCAAACCAAUGCCUAAGAAAGUAUAGAUAUUAAUUAUAUGUAAAUGUUUGAAGCUAUGAAAGUUUUACUCUAUUUUUAAUAGUAUGAAAUGUUUACAUAUUUUCUCUAUGUAUAGAAGAAUGUAGAAGAUGGUGGUAUAUAUUGAUAAAUAAAAUGUAAAAACAAACAGUACAAACAUGAACAUAACAGGAUCGGCUUUUUUUAUAGUAAAGCCAGAGUAGGCUCUUUUUUCAGACUGGUUUAAAUUAUUUAAACAUUUAAAUUUAAUGCUUGAAUAGAAUUCUGAACAACAGCAAACAUUUAAUUUCUUGGUAAAAAAAAAAAAAAAAAAAAGAGAGAGAAAAAAGAAAGCAAAGUUUUGCAGCAUGUUUCUUUAUAUUUAGAGGAACAGAGAAGUGGAGCAGGCAGAAGCGAAACGCUCCAUCAGCAUGACUCAGCAUUAGACCGGGGGAACCACAUCACUCUUACAAAGUAGUCAGACCCUCUCUGAGCCCCAGACAUUAUGGCUUCCAUACGGUGCACCCAUGUUUCAUCCAGAGAUUGGCUCAUAGUAAACCGAUAUACGCAAGAACACGUACUGCAGGAACAUGAAAUCGCCCCCUCCCUCAUCCUCUCUUUUGGGCACGGGGUGUUUUUCUAAAAGUCCUCUUUAUUGGCUUCUUGAAGGCGACUCCCCUCUCCAACCUCUUGCUUCUUUUCUCCAACUACAAAAUGACUUUCACCUGGCGCCCCCCCCUCCCCACUCAGCUCACUCUACCCUCCCCCUAGAAGUCAAUAGGUCAAUCUUGACUCUGCUCUAAAGAGUCAAAGAUGCUGCAAUGUGCCACUCUAGUGACUAUAACUUCCUGACAGUAAGAAUUAACUUCCUGCACUGUUUCUACUGCAGGAAGUGAAUGUCUGGUGCAGAAAUGCUACCUCUUCACAUUUAUCCUGAGACUUUUUUCUUAUUUAAAGAAAAAACAGGAAUUUCAAGUAUGACGCUUAAAUUUGUUUGUAGCCGAGAGUCACGCAUGAAAGAGAACUCUUCUUAAACUUUCAAACCUGGAAAACAUGUGGUUGAUGAAGUGUUAAAGUCAUACUCAUUUUCUAGCCUUCCAGACAGGCGGUAAGGUUAUGAUACCUAAAGAAACCUGCUGCUGGCUUUUCCGCAGCUGAUCUUCUGUUUUCUAAGAGAGGUCGUUUUUCACUCAUUAGUUGCGGUUGGUUGUUUUGUUGCUGUGAUGUGCAUGUGUCAAAUUACCGAAAUUGAACUGUGGCAAAGAUGUUGAAUAGAUGGCAGCCUUGAUUUAAAAUUAAAGGAUUGCAUUUUUUACAGUGAAAAACACAAAAACGUCUAACUUUUUAGACUCUUCUUCAGCCACUGUAGCUUGAGUGAAUUUAGAAAUAAGAAGCUGAGGCAAGUGUCACAUUUUUCUCACUCUUCUCUUGAUCUGCGUGUUUCUCCUCAGGGCAUGGCCUUUUCACUCCAGGAGCGACAGAUUUUAGGGAUACAUGGUCUGUUGCCUCCUAAAGUCGAGACUCAAGACAUUCAGGCCAUGCGUUUUCAGAACAAUCUCAAGAAGAUGACUGAUCCAUUAGAAAAGUAAGGAUGUGUCUUGCUUGAAUUUUGGCUGUGUUGUCAGAAAUUUAUUUCUUUGUAUCGCUUCUGAAAAAUGUUGCUUUUUGUCAUGCAAUAUGUUUUUAUCUACAGACACCUGAAAUUCCCCUUUCCUUCUUUAAGUUUUUCCUCAUUUUUCUCCCAGGUAUGUCUACUUGAUGGGCAUCCAGGAAAGAAAUGAGAGACUCUUUUACAGGGUGUUGAUGGAGGACAUAGAGGAACUGAUGCCCAUUGUCUACACUCCUACUGUAGGCUUGGCCUGCACACAAUAUGGACACAUCUUUAGAAGACCAAAGUAAGAAGAGUCAACUACUUUAAGAAAUAAUAAAAUAAUCUACAAAAAAAGUUUGUGCCCAUCGUCAUGGCCUUGGAUAUAGACUGUAUGUGGUGAAGGCGAUCCACAGUGCAAACGGAGAAAUGGAUAUGAGAACCAAGUUUUAUGAGAUUUGAACUUGAUUUCUACUUGUACUAACCCUAACCCCGAUGUGAACUAGAUUUGAUAUCUGACACAAGUUGUAUUCAAAAAAUGUCCAAGCAGAAAUAUUUGAAGGAUUCCUCUAGAUAAACUACGGAUGCUGGAUACUGAAAAUAAUGUUAAUUAGGUGUUUAUGUACUUUAUUUUCAUAUUUUCUUGCUUGAUUGAAUCAUACCAGGAUGUUUAAGUAGUAAACCAUCAUUGUGUUUCUCACAUACAGAGGCUUGUUCAUCUCGAUACGGGACAAAGGGCACGUAAGAUCCAUCCUGGACAACUGGCCAGAGACUGAUGUUGCAGUGAGUAACCUGAAUCCACUCAAAUAACAGUUUUAGGAAAUAUAUACAGAAUAUUACAGUGUAAAAAAGACCAUUAGAUUUAAUGACAUAGUAACUCUUGUAAAUAGAUUUAUUAGAUACUUCUGUAAGGUCUGCUUUAUUAUUUAAUGUUUAUGUAUGUCUUCUCAUUCUCAAAUUUAGUUUUCUCUCUCUCUUUCUGUAGGCAGUAGUCGUGACUGAUGGAGAGCGUAUUUUAGGAUUAGGGGACCUUGGUGUUUAUGGGAUGGGAAUCCCUGUUGGAAAACUGUGCCUGUACACCGCCUGUGCUGGCAUCCGACCUGAGAAGUGUCUGCCGGUGGUGAUAGAUGUUGGCACAGACAACGAGGUGGGAAAGUUAAGCUUGAGCGAUCUACAUACUUGACUGUGUUUGAGUGAGCGUGCUCUGUGGAAAUCCCAUCACACUUCAUAUGUUUGUCUUUGCCCUUUCAUUAGACUCUCCUCAAGGAUCCACUGUACAUGGGUCUGUAUCAAAAGCGAGAUCGCUCUCAAGCCUACGAUGAUCUGAUUGAUGAGUUCAUGGAGGCUGUGGUAGACAAGUACGGACAGGACACACUGAUCCAGUUCGAGGAUUUUGGGAACCACAACGCUUUCCGCUUCCUACGGCGAUACAGGGAGAAGUACUGCACCUUCAAUGAUGACAUCCAAGGUUUGAAUACAUUCUGCCACUCAGCUCUCAAGAAGAAAUGCCAUUUCACCUGCUUCAUCAAAAUCAAUACUCAUCCCAGCCCUUUUUUCUUUAAACUGUUUUAUUGUGGAAAGAUAAAUGAUGAAAUAGCCUAGAACGUUUCCAUUUCAGUAACCUAUGGUGCUCAUAAGUCACAUAACCAAAAAAGGAAACCCCAGGUUGUUCCAAACACGGUCCCAAACUGUUAGCUUCAAAUAGUGGUUAAUGGACCCUUUAAGGCGGUAGACAUAGAUUUAGAUGUACAGUAUAUGGUUGUUUAUGUCAUGUAGUUAUAGCAGACGCUUCUGUAUAAACUGAUGUUCUUUGUUGAUCUUUCCAGGCACUGCAUCUGUAGCCCUUGCUGGUCUGUUAGCAGCUCAGAGAGCUGUGGGCAAACCCAUCACUGAACACCGAGUACUUUUCCUGGGAGCUGGAGAGGUUAGAAAACAUUCAACUGUUCAAUCAUCAUGAGCCCUCUUGUUUUUUUUUUCCUCCUCUAUGAACCGAAUGAAAAUAUUUCAAGAUCAAAAUAAAAGAUCGGGCAUUUGUAACAGCCUUGCAGCCUAGUGUAUAUUUUAAAUGUUGCUCUGUUUACAUUAUUUUAAUGACCUGAACCUUGAAUUUAAACUCUUAUUUUCUCUGUAGGCCGCUCUUGGCAUUGCCAGUUUGAUUGUCAUGGCCAUGAUGGAGACAGGAAUGACCCAAGCUGAUGCCAGAAAAAAAAUCUGGAUGUACGACAAAUAUGGCUUAAUAGUACAGGUCAGUGUGUGUGUGUGUCAUAGACAUGUACACCAGAGCAUACAAUUCAGUUAAUGUCUGUCUGGACAGGAAGGCAGACAGUCUGCAUUGUCAGUGAAGAGUGGUUUUACUCGCUUUAAUUAGGUUACUGAUGCCAUCAUUGUAAUAUUUGUGAUUACAGGGCAGACCGCAGGAAAUAGACACAAACCAGGAGGUAUUUGCCCACGACAGUCCAGGGGAUAUACAAAGCUUCCUAGAUGCUGUCAACACCAUCAAACCCACUGCUAUUAUUGGUAAGGUAUCUCUUAUUUUCUGUAUUUCUGUUACCCUCAAGCCUAACCGUGUGAUUUAAAGUGUAAAUGAUUUGAGGAAAAGUAGAAAAUGCCUGUCAUGUAUCAUUAAAUUUCUAUUCAAAUAUGAUUGCAUCACGAGUUAAUUCAGGUAAAAAUCGCUCCUAAUCAUCCUGUUCUGACUCAUCUAGUUUUAUUUUAAAGGGCUGUGACAGAUCACAAGCACAAAGUGACCUGCAGUUGUUAUUCUUUCUCCCAGGUGUGGCAGGAGCUGGGCGUCUGUUCACCCACGAUGUCAUUAAAGCCAUGGGAACCCUGAACGAACGACCAAUAAUCUUUGCCCUGAGUAACCCCACCACUAAAGCAGAGUGCACAGCCGAGGACGCGUACACACUCACUGAUGUACGCAGUUCUUCAGUAGUUGAAACUGUUUUGAAAUUACCCCCCCCCCCCCCCCAAUUUUGUCUUCCUUUAAUUUACACAGUAUCUCUUUCACUUCCUCUUGUUCCACAGGGCAGAUGUCUUUUUGCAAGUGGCAGUCCGUUCGGUCCAGUGACAAUGAAAGAUGGGCGUGUCUUCACUCCUGGACAAGGAAACAAUGCUUACAUCUUCCCAGGUGGAAACGCUCAAAUGAAUAUUCGAAAUUUACUGCCAGUUCUUAAAGACAGCUGUUUGCUUCAGGGUGCCAAUUAAUGGAAAUAAAGAGAUAAAUACAGUCUUGUUAAAACGCAUGUUGUUGGUGCAUUUCAGGUGUGGCUCUGGCUGUGAUCUUGAGUGGAGUGAGACACAUCAGUGACACAGUCUUCUUGGAAGCUGCCAAGGUCUGAAGUCAUCAUCACUAAGUAUCUCUCAGUCUUUGUCGUUGAACACUUGAUGAAGAUCAGCUUUACUUCACCCUCACUCCAUCCUGCACUUUUCUUGUUGUCAUGUAUGCGUGUUUGGUCGUGUAAACCCUCUUUAACCCUCUGAUGUCUCCUGUUCUCUUUCUUUCUAGAAUCUGCCAUAACAACUAAUAGAUGAGGAGCUUUUAAAAGGCUAAUCCUGCUUUGCACUUCUUCCAUAUGCGCUCUUUCCUUUUUGACUGCAUUGAUCAACAGGAGUUUUUAUAAAAGAUCACAUCAUAUUUCCUUGCCAGUUCGGUAUUGAUAUGCUUUGCAUGGAGUAGACACUGAUAAUGAAUUUUGGUAAUAUGAGCAGUGUCUGUUUUUGUAUAUCAUUUGAUCAAACACCCUGUUUUCUAAUUGCUUCUCUCUUUUUUCUUAACUAAGAGCAAACAUAUUUAUGACUCUACUCUAGUGUAGAACGUAACAGCAGAGAAAUAUGCUGUUAAUGAAUAAAAUAAGUGUCUACACUUGAAAUUCAUCAUAAGUCUACUUUCUCCUCACAGACCCUAUCAGAGCAACUGACAGACAAAGAGCUGGAAGAAGGCAGACUCUAUCCUCCACUCUCCAACAUCAGAGAGGUCUCUGUCCAGAUGGCUGUCAAGGCAAGUCUCCUGCUGGGAAACUGAUAGCCCCACCUGCUGUAACAGAGUGUUUUGGACACUGUUAAUGUUUGUUCAAAGUUAAAGAGGUGCUGUUAUGCUUUUGUCAUAUUUUGAAAGCACAUGUUAAGUACAUUAUGCAUAAGCAUAAUACCCUCUCUUAGAUAGUUAUUCAAACCUCUCAGACUUAGAUUUUGAUGACAAAGUUUCACUUCCAAUCAAAUUUAAUUUAAGUUUUCUCCUCCUUGCUGCAGGUGGUGGAGUAUGUUUAUGCUAAAGGCAUGGCGUUCCGCUACCCUGAGCCCCUGGACAAGAACAGCUUUGUGCGUGCAACUGCGUGGAACACCAACUAUGACUCCUUCCUGCCAGACACUUACGACUGGCCAGACGUCAGCUUCAACCCCAAGACUAAAUAG